ACACACACCCCCAAGGUGCUUUACAACACAAUCAUAAGUUCAUAUAAGUUCGUAUAGUUUCUUCAUCAGUGAAGUUUACUGAAAGUUUCACAUCUAUAGCUGUCUCUAACAUAAACACCACUACACCUUCAUAGUUAAUAUUUUUAUUCCAUAACAAAGUCUAAUUUCAUGUGUAAACAUCCUGUAGACAGACCGGGAUUCUGAAAUUAUACCUCAGGCCAUAAAAUUACCGGCAUGAAAGGAUACUGAACUACAGUUGGUUCAGCAGCCCCCUCUGGUGGAGACACUUUGACACAGUUUAUUUGUAGACGUUUAUUAAUUAAAUUUUUAAAUUUACAGCAAUAGAUUGUCUGUAAGCAUCGGUGUGUGUGACUUAUUUAAAUGGAUGCUUUGUGCUGGGCAGUUGUGUCGAUGGAAGUGCCGUUCACUGGUUUUGAGCUCACCUUCAUCGUCUUAGCCUUCGUCAUCUUCACACUUUUCAGUCUGGCUUCAGUCUGCCUGCAGCCACAAGACCUCCCAUCAGAAGGCGAUCUCUGUGAAGCUAAGAAGUCCCAGCCAAGUAAAAGGAAGAACCGAGUCAUCAUCAAACACGCUAGAGAAAGACUAUGAGUCAAGUUUGACUCAGAUAUAGAUACAGUGUUAAAAGUUCAAAU